UAGGACUGCACACACACUUCCAACUUUUUGGGACAAACCCCUUCACCAGGAGAGGAGCUCUCUCUCUCUCUUUCAUUCUCUCGCUCUCCAUCUCUCUCUUUCCCUCUCUGUCUUUCUAUUUCUCUCUUUCCCUCUACCUCUCUCUCUUUCACUCUCUAUCUCACACACGCGCACAUACACGCACGUGCAGUCACACUCAUAAACACAACAUCUCAGUGUCGCAGCCUCUCUCUGUUUGUCACUCUCCAUGGAUUCCCCCAGGAAGAGGACAGUACGUGCUGCUCUCCUCCUCACUCUGUUCUGCCUGCCUUCCGCGACACUCCCCUGGGACUUCAGCAGCCCACCUGGAGAGGGUUUGGGAUGUGACGGGUACCAAGCGGACAACUGUGGGGUUUGUGGCGGGGAUGGCUCUACCUGUGAGGUGAUCAGUGGGACAUUCUCACGCUCCAUCCUGUCGGUGGGAUACCACAAAAUCCUCGAGAUUCCCGUAGGAGCUCAGGACAUCAAAAUACAGGAGAGCACCAAGAGCAGGAACUACCUGGCACUUUUAACUGAAGAUGGCAAUCCCAUCAUCAAUGGAAACUGGGCCGUGGAAAGGCCCGGCACCUUCCGUGCAGCCGGUACACUGCUGACGUACCGCAGACCAAAUGAGAUCCGGAGCAGGGCGGGGGAGUCCAUCACGGCUCCUGGACCCACCACCCAGGAGCUCCACGUCUAUGUGAUCUACCGGCAGCCUGACCCCAGUGUGUCCUACCACUACAUCCUGCCGCGAGAAAACAUCUCCAGUCCUCAGCCUGCACCGCCCAUCCAUGAUGGCCUAGGGGAGACCAUGGGCCUGCACACAGUGGAGGGGGAAGGAUUCGCUCUGGACUCCAACGGGAAUGGAGACUUCGGUGUCGGGGUCCACCCCAACCAGGUCCCCUCCGACCCCCUCCCCUCACCCACAGCAGCGGGCCCGGGGUCACAGCUCCGUCCAGAACAGCUCUCCCCUUACGGCUGGAGGCGAACUGGGAGCACGCUCUGCAGCACCACCUGCGGGACAGGCAGGCUUCAGGGGGUGUUCAGCUGUGUGGAGCAGGAGACCGCCGUCCUGGUUCCUAAUGACCUGUGCGAGCACAGCCAGAGUCCCAUACAGGAAGAGGACUGCAACACCCAGCCCUGCCCUGGCUUCUGGGAUGUGGGCGAGUGGUCCGAGUGCAGCAAGGCGUGUGGCCCCGGGGCCCAGCACCGGCAGGUCUUGUGCCGCCAGGCCUUGGGGAACGGCAGUACCAGCACGGUUGGCCCCCGGCACUGCCGGCACCUGGAGCAGCCCGAGACCGCGGCCUCCUGCCAGCUGAAGAUCUGCAGUGAGUGGCAAAUCCGCUCCGAGUGGACUCCGUGUUCUGUGCCGUGCGGGGUGGGGCAGCGCACUCGUGACGUGAAAUGCGUGGACAACCUGGGGGACGUGGCGCCGGACGAGGAGUGCAACAUGAAGCUGCGUCCGGAGGACGUGCGCAACUGCGACACGGGCCCGUGCGGCCGCAGCUGGUUCCUCACACGCUGGAGCGACAGGUGCUCAGCUGAGUGUGGAGGGGGCAGCCGCAGCAGGGAGGUGGUGUGUCUGAUGAACCACGUCAGCAGUCUUCCUCUGGACGGCUGUGGAGACGAGAGGCCCGAGGACGUGAUGCCGUGUGACCUCGGCCCAUGUCAGGGCAAGCCAGACUGGUACACGGGGACGUGGGGGCAGUGUUCCUCCGAGUGCGGGAUUGGCACGCAGAGUCGUACUGUGCUCUGUCUGCUGCACACCAACGGCAGCUUCGAAGCAACUGCACCCUCGGACUGCGCCCACCUUCCCCGCCCCCCCGAGACCCAGUCUUGCCAAAUCAAGAUGUGUGGUGUGAAGUGGUUUGUCACAGAGUGGAGUACGUGCUCCCGUUCCUGUGAAGGGGGGUACCAAGUGCGAGAGGUGCGCUGCCUUGCAGAUGACCUAACAGAGAGCACCGCCUGUGACCCCUUCCUCAUGCCAGAAGAUCGCAACGAAUGCAACACGCACCUGUGUCCCCCAGAAAUCGAUGAAAACUGCCAGGACAUGUACUUCAACUGCAACAUGGUGGUUCAGGCAAGCCUUUGCGUGUACUCGUACUACAAAACCGCCUGCUGUGCUUCCUGUUUGCGUGUCAGCUGGCGGGAGGCGGGCCUUUCCAUUAGGUGACUCCGCCCCCUGGGAGAAAAGCUUGCGUUUUAUAAAGACAUUUAUAAAGACAUUCUAUCACAGUGGGUGAGGAAAUCAUGAGCACAUUUGUGUAUCUGAACAUCUGUAAAUAUUUACAAUUGCUUACAUUUAUCUUUCUGUAACACAACCCCGAUUUAACAGAAACAUCACACAAGCUCAUACCCCUCUCUCCAUGACUUUGUGAACGUUGUUGCAGCUACACUCCAGGAAAUGUCCACUACAUAUAAUCACUUUGAUGAACAUCCUGCUCUCUGUCUGAAUGCUCCCCUUAACAACACUCGAGUAUUCCUGAUCAUUCCUAAACCAGUGUCUCCUAAAACUUUCUAAAAUCUAUAUAGUGUUCUCAAACUUUAUCCUGGAGGACAGGUUUGUGCUUGGUUUCCUUCCAGAUAAUUAACCAUGUGGAGCCACUUUAUAUCAUAUAGCCACAAAUAAUACGUUUACUGUAUUCAUCUCCUGGAUAAUUUUUUUAAAUGUGUUAUAUGGAAAAGGAUUAAUUUAGAAAUGGGAAGACAUGGGAAUGAACCAAACCUAUAAUAUGUUAAUAAGAUUGAAGGGAAAUUUUAUGAAAGAACAGGUUUUCAACAGGUUUAGUUGAGCUUUAAGGGGAUUGGCAAAAACAAGAGUUAUCCAUCAGUUUGGGAACCUAUAUAAUCAAUUUGUGCUGAUAAAUAUUACAUGUACAAUUUUGGAGGAAAGCGUUUCAACCAAAUUUUGUGUCUUGAUAACACAGGAUAAAUACAGUGAAUUUAUAGUAUCUUUAAGCACAAGCAAAAUUGGGAAUUUACAAAAAAGGUAAUGUGACACUCAUGCAAUGCUGCUGCCUCAAUUAUAAUAUGCUGGUUAUGACUAUUGGCCAUUGUCUAGAGCAGGAGUGUGCAAUUCCAGCCCACUCUUGAAAGCAUAAAGUAGCUUAUGGGUAAAUGGCAUUGUAUUUACUUUGGUUGCCAUACAUUAAAUAUGGCCAACUUGCCAAUGUUAACUAGAGUUACAGUUUUUCUCAAUCACUUUGGCCCAAUUGUCGAAUGACAAUUAACGUUCUCAAAACAAUAAACACUAUGUGAAACGCUCCACACCUUAACAUCACUUGUUCACAGUAGAACACAAUUUCUGAUUGCAUACUACACAUUUUUUAAUUGCUUGCAAGGUGAAUCUUGGAUUUUACUAAGUUUCCCACAUCUGAGAUCACCCAGUCAUAAAUUAUGGUCAAAUUAAUGUAGGGUGCACUACACUUUCUGAACAUGGAGGAACCUGUUCAGGCAAACAAUGAACAGGGGCACGUGCCUGCUCAUCCAAGAGGAAGAGGAGUAAGGAUGUGUGGUGGUAUGGUGAGGAGAACACCACAAAACAGAGGCAGAAGCAGAAGAGGAAAAAUGCACAUUGUUGUGUCCAAUGAAGUGAGGGCCACCAUUGUGUACAAUGUAAUCAACCAUGGUCAAACAAUGACAGAGCCUGGUCGAAGAGUGCAACUUAAUGUGGACCAGUCCACGGUGUCAUCAAUCAUAUGAACAUUCCGAAGGGAAAACAGGUGCACAAUUGUGCAAUAAUGUAAUUCUUCAUGUUAUUUCAGUUUACAGUAAAUGCAUGUUUGAAGUUCAUAAAGGACAAAAUACAUGAACUAUACUGUGAUGUAUGGUUGAUUUCCAACUGAUUCCCCUGCAUUGUUGUGUUUACUGUAUUGCACUGUAUCACAGUAUCAAUAAAAUUAAUUCUCAACAAUUUUACAGGAGACUUGAUUUGAAGCUACUGUAACAAACGUUCUGCCAGGGUGCACUGUCCUAAUGACAAUAUGUAUAAUCAUUUUGACUCUUGAUUUCAAACAAUGACUUUCCUUUUUGAUGACACUAAUUCAUUGACAGAAUUAUUUAAUUUAUAAAGAUUUUGAGUGAGGUACGUGCUUUUGGAGUUGAACCUUAAAGUUCUGCAGUAUGCAUGAAAUGGGGCCAAAGUGAUUGAGAAAAACUAAAGAAAAUCUAGUCUUGCAAGCCUUUCCUCCCCAUGUCUUAUAUGUGAAUGCAAUCUACUGGCAAAAAGUGGUAUUUGCCGUUCAUUGAAUGAUAAAUUCUUGGUUAAAUUGAGUUCUCAACCAGAGGUUUUGUUUUUCUAGCUAGCAUGCAUAAUGAUGCAUGAUUUUAAAGUAUAGCCAGUUAGCGUCAUUCUUUUCCAUUUCAACGGUAAUUCUGUUGUCUGAAAUGCAUUUCUUCAGUCAAAUCUUAAGAAGACGCAAAAUGUAUGCCAUAUAAUGGUAUUAUCAUAGUAAGCUGAUACUAUGCUGGCUAGAUUUGCAUGUUCUCUCGUGUAAUGAGAAAUAUUCCACACCAGCCAGUCAGCUAGCUACCUAGCUACCUAGUUAUAACUACUUUUUAAAAGCCUUAACUAGCUGGCAUUAACACUGUCACUGCCAUUUGUCUGUGUAGCUAGAGCUAGCUGGCUAGCCUAGUGAACUCACUUUGUUGGUUUUAUGACAAGCCUAAUGAACUAGGUAAAACAGCUGUCGAUUUAGCUGUAAGUUUUCAGUUUAUAUAGGCCGAAAAAACUCUUUUAGACCACCCUUGCUUUACUGUAUACGACACAUUUUCACAAACUGAAUUAGCAACAUUCAAGUGAGCGUUGUGUUUAAGUCUAUGUUAAGUCUAUGGACAAUUCAUCGUCGAAAUUUAGAAUUUUACAGUCAAAUUCAAAUGUAAUAAAAUGUCAUGAAAUUACAAGAAGCAAGUACAUUUCUGAAUUACCCACAGAAUGAGUGGUCUUGUGUCGGGAUCCAUUGGAUUCAGGUACAAUAGGUAAUUUCGGACUCCUAAUGGUCAAGAGAGGAAUUGCAACAACAAACAACAACAAACAACCUCAAACCACAACACCGUUUAUGCUUCGCAGUCUAUGAAUAUAAUGCAUAAUAUAAAGCGUUAUUUUUCAGUUCGAUGUUUUGGAAAGCUGACAGUGACAAACGCAACAGAGCCUGCGCUAUUUUCGUAGUGUUCUAGUAAGAAAAUGUUCGCUGAACAGGUGACUUUAUGAAAUCUUGACUUUGGUGUGCUACACAACACUAUUUAUAUUUUUUAUAUUUAUAUUGAAGUUUUCACUUUAACUAACCAACUAUAUUGUGAGCAAGCAAGUUAUUUGGCUACGUAACUAGCUGGCUACAUAACUAAGAUAUGAUAGUCUACCACAAACGAUGCAACUGUAACUUACAGUUUGAGAGGAAUAAAGGUUUCGCUAAGCACGGAUGAUUGAACACGUAGAGAUAAAAGGAACGUGUAGCUGCCCAAAUUUCACUCCAGACAAGUUAUCACUGAAACUCUGUAUACUAUUGCUUAUCUAGUUAGAAAACGAUACAAGUUCACUAUCAGUAACAAGCAAAUUAUCUAUAACUAGUUAGCUUCCCAAGUUUACAAAUCUGAAGCACAAUGCUUGUGCAAUCGCUACUAUGUUCGUAUUGCCUAUAUUUUGUCCUAAGUGGAUAUUAGUAAAUUAUUUACAAAUAGAAAUAUUUGCCAACUAUUGCUUAUUUGCUUGUUGCUACCAAUAACAAACUGGUAUUGUUUUAUAACUAGAUAUGUAGUCUUCGCUUGGGUAAUAAACAAUAGUAUAUAAAGUUUCAGUGAUCACUUGUCUGGAGUGCAAUUUGGGCAGCUACAUGAACAAUCAGAAUAAGCCCCCACGUCAUUGGCUGUGGCAGUUAGAACCGCUUUUCAACCAAUGAGCUUGAAUUAUUGUACAGCUGUACAAUAUUUUGAUACAGAGUGACGGCCUGACAAAUGUACACUUUGAAACCCGAAUUUAAGGACUAUAAACACAGGCAGAGGGUGAGUCAACAUCAGUGAGCCUUUUCCAAAGAUAAGAAGGGAUUUGCAAUGGUUUAACACAAAAAGCAUACCUGUGGCAUAAAAGUCUGAAAUGUUUUGUUGUAUUUUUUUUAAGGGUAUCCAUAACACAGAAAUGGCGCAACUUUGCAGUACAUCUAUCUAUCUACAAAAAUCAGUAGUUGGCAAGCCCGUUGCCAUUGUAGUAGACCUGCCAAAUGGAAUAGAGAUUGGUUUUUAAAUGGGUGAGAUAUUGAGGUUCAAGUUCUGCCAUUUUGAAUGAAAGUGCCAACCAACGCAAGCAUGUAGUCAGCCCUCACUAUAACAUUAUGUUCCAGUUCUGGUCUACUGUUCAUGCCCAAGCAAAAUCGAAUGGGGUGCAUCUGUGGAAUUGUUUCUCUACCAGGGUACAACAGGGAUCAUCAAAUCAUUAUGUUUUUUUUUUUGUUUUUUUUCCACAAUUUCAGAUAGCGUCCCUCUCAGAGUGAAUUGCUUAUCGUUUUGCAUUUUGAUAUUCAUACGCAAAAUCACACGCAUCAAACAAAAUCAUACGCAUCAAUAAAUCAUGAGAACAAACAUAAAUGCUUCCACACAUUUCGUCAGAAUUAUAUUUUUUACUAUGGCAUUAAAAGCAGACCAGUGAAAAGGCCAUUUUCAAUCAUAUACUCAGCUUGAGCACAAAAACAUCCAACCAACAGGACCAUGGCCCAAGACCCUGACCUAUGCAUUCCCAAUAUUUUCAAAUUAGAAAUGAUUUCUGAUUUCUCUAACAUUGGGACAGAAUCCCAACAAGGUCUCGGCUGUGGUUUCUGUAACAUUCAUUUUUCAGUGUGCUCUCUGAAACACAAAUCUGUCAUAUCACCAAUAAAUGAAUACAAGCUG